GCUGCCUCCUGCCCAGCUUUGCACCAUCCCCACGGCUGCUGCGGGCUCGGCUGUGCCCCCAGGCUGGGGCACACACGGAAGGGCCUCUCCAGCUGAACCAAUUCCCAGCGUUUUCUCAGCCUUUCUCCUCCUGUGCUUCCUCUUUCCUUUUCCUUUAGAGGCCAGCCCUGAGGCAUGCCCUCCUACCACACCAAGGACAGCAGACAGGCUUUGCCUUGUGCAAAUCUUCCUUCCCCCAAACAACACCCUGGGUCCCGGGAACACCUUGAAGCAAAGAGAGGGAGAGGAGGGAGCCACAGCCAUCACCACCUGCUCCUGCAGCUCCUGUAACACCAGGAACCUGCUCCCAGGCUGUGCCAUGGAGGGAGAGGCUGAUGGUCAACAGAGUGUGUUGAACCUGGUGGCUGUGUUUGAAGAGCACUGGGCUGGCAAACUUCUUCGGAGGGACAAACAGGCUCCAUACAGCCUGGCUGCUCCUGCAGCCAGGAUGCCCCAGCAGCUCCCAGUGCUCCCCACCAGUCCUGGCCUCUCCCAGGUGGCUGCCAGGGAGCAGGAAGAGGAAGGGAAGGAGGAGGAGGAGCAGGGUCGGCGGGGUCUCAGCUUCAAGUGCCUCCGUUCUUUACGACACAAGCUCAGGGAGAGCAACUGGAGGAGGCAGGAGGAGCCAGGGCUGGAGCCCAGCAGCAAGGAACCAGAGGAGAAGAAAAUUGCUCUGGAGCUGCUGGAGACAGAGCAGGCUUAUGUCAACCGCCUCCACCUUCUUGACCAGAUAUUUUAUAUAGAGUUGAUGAAAGAAGCCCAAAAUGGGAAAACAGUCCCAGAGGAGGUGGUGAAAAUGAUCUUCUCCAACAUCUCCUCCAUCUACCAGUUCCACUCCAGGUUCUUCCUGCCAGAGCUGCAGAAACGCAUGGAGGACUGGAGCUGCAACCCCAGGAUUGGGGAUGUGAUCCAGAAGCUCGCGCCGUUCCUCAAGAUGUAUGGAGAAUAUGUGAGGAACUUUGACAAGGCCAUGGAGCUCAUCACUGUCUGGUCAGAGAAAUCCCCACCCUUCCAGGAGCUCAUUGCUGACAUCCAGAAGAGGAAGGUCUGCUCUAACCUAACACUGCAGCACCACAUGCUGGAACCUGUGCAGAGGAUCCCACGCUACGAGCUCCUCCUGAAGGAUUAUGUCCAAAAACUCCCAGCCCAGUCCCCAGACCGGGAUGAUGCAGAGAAGGCCCUGGAGAUGAUUUUCAUGGUGGCCAAGCACUCCAACGCAGCUAUCGCCGAGAUGGAGCGGCUGCAGAACCUCUGGGUGGUCUAUCAGCGCUUGGGCCUCGAGGAUGACAUCGUGGAUCCCUCCAACGAGCUGAUCAAGGAGGGGCCAGUCCAAAAGAUCUCCACCCGCAGCAGCAGCACGUCGGAGAAGUACCUGUUCCUGUUCAACAACAUGCUGCUCUACUGCGUGCCCAGGGUCAUCCAGGUGGGCUCUGAGUUCCAGGUUCAGCUCCGCAUCGACGUGGACGGCAUGAAGGUGCGGGAGCUGAAGGACACUCAGUUCCCUCACACCUUCCUGGUCUCGGGAAAGCAGCGGACGCUGGAGCUACAGGCCAGCUCUGAGGAGGAGAUGAAGGCCUGGAUCAAGGCCUUCCAAGAUGCUAUUGACAGGAAGGAGAAGAGGAGUGAGACCUUUAAGGCAGCAGUACCUGGGCUGGAGACAGACACCCCUGCACUGAAGAUGGAGGAGCUGGGCCGCCGAGCCCCGCAGUGGGUGCGGGACAACCUGGUGUCCAUGUGCAUGCGCUGCGGGGAGCCCUUCAACCCCAUUGUGCGCCGGAGGCACCACUGCCGCGCCUGCGGAUACGUGGUGUGUGCCCGCUGCUCCGACUACAAGGCCGAGCUGCCGUACGACGGGAACCGCGCGAACCGCGUGUGCCAGGAGUGUUACAUCUUCCUGACGGGACACACGGUGCUGGAGGAUCGGGAAGGGAAGCACAAAGGGGUCCUGGAGAAGGGAGCUGCAGAGGUAUCGAGCAGGAGCUUGCUGUGCAGUUCCCUGCAGCUGCUGGACAAGAACGGCAAGGGGGGCACACGGGGCUGGUUUGUGAUCCCCCAGGAUGAUCCCCUGGUGCUCUACAUCUACGCAGCCCCCCAGGAUGUCCGAGCCCACACCUCCAUCCCACUGCUGGGCUACCAGGUGAGGGACCUGUCCCAGGGUGACUCCCGCCACCAAUUCCAGCUGGCUCAGUCCGGGCAGGUCCACACCUUCGUGGCUGACACGGAGGAGCUGAAGCGGCGCUGGAUGAGGACCAUGGCGCGCUGCGCCGCCGGGGCCCCGCGGGAGGGCGAGGAUGGGGACUCCUGCCAGCAGGCAGAGUGAGGCUGUGGUCACCUCCUGGGCCAGCCCCCCUCCCCCUGCUCGGGCAGACCCCCCAGCUUCUCUGCCGUUUGGUUUUUCAACACUUAAAAACCUCAAAAGGCAGCGGCGCAUUUGCCGCCGCCUGGACAACCAGGAUCAUCCUGCCCCUUCCUCCUGGCUCUCCACGCUGGCUGGAGGUGAUGGAGGAAGCCGAGCUGUGAUGUGGGGGGAGAGCCAGGGGGUUUUGGGGGGCUGCCCCCCCUUGCAACCAGCCCGGGCAGCCGUGCCUGCCACCCGCUGCCGCCCGAGGGCAGCAAUUCCUCAGCCUCCCUGCAGCCCGGAUGGAGCAGGGAGGGGGGGCGGGAACGUCUCGUUUUCUGAAAGCAUCUGUGGAAUCGGGACUGCUGUGAUAAAUCCUGCCUGC